AUGGCUGACAUCCCAGACCCCCAAGUCCGACAAGACCGAGAAGGCCCUAAAGAACUCCAAGACCCCAAAGAUCGACAAGUACAACAAGACACCCAAGAUGUGCUAGACUACGAGAAUCUUCAAGAACCUCAAGUCCGGCAAGACCAACAAGACCCCAACGACCAACAAGACCCCAAAGAUCCAGUAGACCAGGAAAACCCCCAAGACCAAAAAGACUCCAAAGAACCCCAAGACCCUGAACACCAACAAGAGUCCAAAGACCCCCAAGACUCUCAAGAUACACUAGACCACGAAACCCCCCAAGACACUCGCAUCAAGCAAGACCCCAAGGACCUACAAGACCCCAAGGACCAACAAGACCCCAAGGACCAACAAGACCCCAAGGAUCAACAAGACCCCAAGGACCAACAAGACCCCAUGGACCAGCAAGACCCCAAGGACCAACAAGACUCCAAUGACCUACAAGACCCCAAGGACCAACAAGACCCCAAGGACCAACAAGACCCCAAGGACCAACAAGACCCCAAGGAUCAACAAGACCCCAAGGACCAACAAGACCCCAUGGACCAGCAAGACCCCAAGGACCAACAAGACUCCAAGGACCAACAAGACCCCAUGGACCUACAAGACCCCAAGGACCAACAAGACCCGAAGGACCUACAAGACCCCAAGAACCAACAUGACCCCAAGGACCUACAAGACCCCAAGGACCAACGAGACCCCAAGGAUCAACAAGACCCCAAGGACCAACAAGACCCCAAGGACCAACAAGACUCCAAGGACCAACAAGACCCCAUGGACCUACAAGACCCCAAGGACCUACAAGACCCCAAGAACCAACUUGAGCCCAAGGACCUACAAGACCCCAAGGACCUACAAGACCCCAAGAACCAACAUGACCCCAAGGACCUACAAGACCCACUAGACCCACAAGAACCUCAAGACCCCCCCAGUGGACUGACGGACCGCAGCGGCAGUUUCUUUAAGCUGAUUGAUACUUUUGCCCUGGAGCUCGGGGAACUCGAGAAGGAAAUGGUGCAGAAAAGCCCGGAAUCAGACCAAGAGACGCUGGACAACACCGGUCCGGACAGAGACAUGAGUGCGCUUCGCCUGGAGCCCGGCCACCGCGGCACCGCUGCAGGUGAAAGGGAUUCUGGGUACGAUUCCCUCCGGCGCAGGAUGAGCGUCUUGGACCGGCUGACGCAGACGCACACGGUUUGGCUUCUGCUGUCAAUCACGGAGCAGGAGGCGGGACAUCUGCUCCUCAAACAACCCCCAGGGGUGUUUCUGGUCUGCAAGUCUCCAGCUCUGCAGAGGAAGGUUCUGUCUGUGCGCUUAAAAGAGGAGACGUCCGAAAACGCCAUUAGCCACUUUCCGGUCCGAGAAAGCCAAUACACGUUUUCUCUUGAGGGCUCGGCUAUAAGUUUUGCAGACCUGUUUCGUCUUGUGGCUUUUUACUGUAUCAGCAGAGAUCUUUUGCCCUUUACACUCAAACUCCCAGAAGCCAUUGCGUCGGCCAAGACUCAGAAAGAGCUGGAGGAGGCGGCGCAACUAGGAGCAGCCUUGGACACUCCCUCUGCGUGUCUGUGCCGUGUGUCAACCACAUUCAGAGCCAGAGACCGGGCUCGAAAAGCCACUUCUACACGGCACAACCAUGCUAGUUAUAACAUAGAAACUAACCCAGGACUAAGCCGGAUUUACUCAGAGCGCUUCACAAAUGCUGGCUUUUGGGAUUCCGCUCUCUGCAGUGGCCCUCCUGCCUCUCCUCGCACCUGUCGCCCCGUGAGCCGGACCCUCAGCCCACCACGACCCAACAAACCCAAGGAUCCAGUCGGCGAAUCCCCACAGAGGCCUUCCCAUAACAGCGAGAGCGCUCCUCCGACGCUCCGAUCACAGAAUUCUUCUCUGCUCCCGGAAAAGAGACAUUCGAGAGGACCGCUGUGUUAUGUCAAUCCGCUUUUCCUCCAAACGCGCCAUCGACAUCGCAGCCAGGAUCGACCGCAGCAGGCGGGCAAACCGAACCCCAGAGUAGUUUUAAUGAAAGAGGAGCUCAAACUGAACAGCAAAUCGCGUUCCCCGCCGCCACGCCCCCCUCCUCCUUGCUUUAUGCCACGCCGUAGACCCGCCCCACCUCCCCCUACGUCCACCCCUGCCAAAUCCGCCACCACGAAGCCCAAAAACAUGCCGACGGUGCAGUCCAGCGUGAGGCGAUCGCAGCCUUCCACCAAGAGACCUGCACCACCUCCUCCCACUACCACCAGCAAUAGCAACAAGAGCAACAUUAACCAAUCCAAAAGCACUAAAGCUCCUCCUCCUCGCCCCAAGAAACCCGAUUUGGAAUCUCACCGCUGUCACAUAGCGUUGGAUGACGAGACUAUUGCCAAAGCCCUGUCGCGAGCCAAAAUACCAGCCAGCCCACCAGCCACCGACAAAUUAGAAACGAGUGAACAAAGCCAGCGAUUGAGUGACGUCAGCAUGUCCACGUCCUCCUCCGACUCUCUCGAAUACCCCAGAUUCUCAAUCGGACAAGCACUGGCCUCGAGUCCAUCCCAGGACCAGGACAUCGCCGUGGACAGCAGCGACGAGGAGGAGGAUGCGGAGUACGAGGACGAAGAGGACUACGGGGUCGGACUGGAAGCCGAUCUGGAGAUGCGCCUACGGCCUUCGUUCAAGUCUCGCAGACGCAGGAUGGCCGUGAGGCUGAGCGAGGGGUCCUUCAUUCUACCGCGAGCGCUAAAGGGACGGUUUCGUAAGGUCAGCGGCAUGUUGAGCUCGUUGAUGACGCCGGAGAGAAGAGCCGUGAAGAGGAUCGCAGAGCUGUCCCGGGACAAGAGCUCGUACUUCGGGUCGCUGGUGCAGGAUUAUCUGAGUUUUGUGCAGGAGAAUAAAGGGUGCCACACGUCAGGGGUAGACUUCUUGCAGACGCUGAGGCAGUUUUUGACCCAGAUGAAAGCCUACCUGAACCAAAGCUCGGAGCUGGACCCUCCACUUGAGUCGCUCAUACCAGAAGAUCAGAUAGAUCAAGUCCUGGAGAAAGCCAUGCACAAGUGUGUGUUAAAGCCCCUGAAGAGUGUCAUCGAUGUGAUUCUGCAUGACUUUCAGGUGAGCAGCGGUGGUUGGACGCAGCUGAAGGAGAAUCUGGCUCUGGCCAAGUCCAAACGUCCGCAGGAGCUGGGCGUGGACGGAGCCGCGGUGCCUCCGGACGCCGUGGUCAUCGAAAAGAUCAGACACAAGUUCCUGAACAUGAGAAAGAUGUACUCGCCAGACAAGAAAGUCUCUCUGCUGCUGAGGAUCUGCAAACUCAUCUACACCAUCAUGCAGGACAACUCAGGGAGGAUGUUCGGAGCCGACGACUUCCUGCCCAUGCUGACCUACGUUCUGGCCCAGUGCGACAUGCCACAACUGGACUCGGACAUCCAGUACAUGAUGGAGCUGCUGGAGCCCUCUCUGCUUCAAGGGGAAGGGGGCUACUACCUGACCAGCGCGUACGGAGCCAUGUCUCUGAUCAAACACUUCCAGGAGGAGCAGGCGGCCCGCGUGCUCAGCUCCGAGACCCGAAACACUCUGCACCAGUGGCACCGGCGCCGCACCACCCAGAGAGCUGCUCCCACCGUGGACGACUUCCAGAACUUUCUCCGCGUGGCGUUCCAAGGCGUCGACACCGGCUGCACCGCCAAAACGCUGUUGGUGCAGCCGUACCACACGACCGAGGAGGUGUGCUCCCUCUGCGCCUACAAGUUCAAGAUCUCGGACCCAGAGAACUUUGCCCUGUUUCUGGUCACGGAGGACGGACGGCAGCAGCUCGCCCCGGACACACAACCGCAGAAAAUCAAGUCGGAGCUGCACAGCCGGCCGCGGACACACACUUUCCAUUUUGUCUACAGGAGGACGCUCAACCUCAACCUCUGCGCCCAAACGGUAGCGCCAAACGACAACGACAAUCCAGAGACAAAGUGUAGAAAAGGACAUUUAUGGAUCUCCAAACUCACCUGA